AGAAAGAACAGUCAAAAUGCAGGCAGGGCACAGGACAAAGCACUAGGGACAAAAUGCAUGUGAAAUGCUUUGUUUUAAAAUUUUUGAAAUUUCCGUCCCCUGUACGUCUUGACGCUCGCAGGGACCGGAACCCGGAAGAGGGAUGCUGGCAUCGGCCGGAGGAGAUGGCCGGGGAUGCUGCAGGGGGGACAUCGCGGGAGCGCAGGACAAGGUAAGUGAAGAAGAGAUCCCAGGGCAGCGCCGCAUGGUAAGCCCUAGUGUAGCUCGGGGUUACCGCUUUUGGUACUGAAA